AUGAAUCAAUAUUACCCAGAAGCACUUGUUCAGAAGUCUCAGGAAGCCAAAAUACGGGCGUACUGUCCCUACAGCAAGUUCAGAGUUGGAGCAGCUGUUUUAACAAGCAAUGGAACUGUGUUCACAGGUUGUAAUGUAGAAAAUGCAAGCUACCCUCUUGGACUGUGUGCUGAGAGGACUGCUAUCUCUAAAGCUGUGUCUGAGGGAUAUACCAGCUUCAAAGCCAUCGCAAUUGCCAGUGACCUUGAAGACCGCUUUAUUUCUCCAUGUGGAGCCUGCAGGCAGUUCAUGAGAGAGUUUGGCUCUCAGUGGGACGUUUAUCUGUCAAAAUCUGAUGGAUCUUACAAACUGAUGACAGUGGAGGAGCUCCUGCCAUUCUCAUUUGGCCCUGAUGACCUUGGGGCAAGAGAAAACACUGUUGGCAAUUCGAAACUGUAA